AUGGGAAGGAAGGUGCCGAAGAGCCCUGGACAGCUGGAAUGCCCGACCCUGCCCAAGAAGGGGCCUGCCCGCGGCCGUGAGAGCUCCAGACCACCAGUCUCAGCUGCCACUCAGUGCCUGGCCAAGACGCAGGGUCCGGCCUUCGAGGGCCGCGGGCACCGGGGACCUGCGUGGGCCUUUCCGCUGCGCUCCUCUGCGGGGCGCCCUCUCCCUGGCGCGCCUUUGAACCUGGCAUCGAAGCCGCCUGAUAGACACUUCGAACAAUCCGGGAGAGAAACAAAAAGAUCUCAGUUUGCCCGCAUAAACGCUGCGAAGUCACUCUGUUUCUUGGCUUCUCGUAAAGGUGGCCGGGGCCGUUUACACACCUGCGAACCUUAUGGCCAAAAGAUGGAGAAGUCUGUGCAGGCCUCCCCAUGUGCCUCGGAGAUGCUCACUGCAGGUUCUCUAUUGGAUGCCUUCACCUGCUUCAAAUGGGGUCCCCCCUUAGCGAUCAGAGGCACUGUCGGAGGAAAGAGCUCUUCCACCACCGCCGCCGCUGCCGCGGCCGCNGCCGCCGCCUUCGCGGACAAGUACAUGGAUACCGCCGGCCCAGCGGCCGAGGAGUUCAGCUCCCGCGCUAAGGAGUUCGCCUUCUACCACCAGGGCUACGCAGCCGGGCCUUACCACCACCAUCAGCCCAUGCCUGGCUACCUGGAUAUGCCAGUGGUGCCGGGCCUCGGGGGCCCCGGCGAGUCGCGCCACGAGCCCCUGGGUCUUCCCAUGGAAAGCUACCAGCCCUGGGCGCUGCCCAACGGCUGGAACGGCCAAAUGUACUGCCCCAAAGAGCAGGCGCAGCCUCCCCACCUCUGGAAGUCCACUCUGCCUGACGUCGUCUCCCAUCCCUCGGAUGCCAGCUCUUAUAGGAGGGGGAGAAAGAAGCGCGUGCCUUAUACCAAGGUGCAAUUAAAAGAACUUGAACGGGAAUACGCCACGAACAAAUUCAUUACUAAGGACAAACGGAGGCGGAUAUCAGCCACGACGAAUCUCUCUGAGCGGCAGGUCACAAUCUGGUUCCAGAACAGGAGGGUUAAAGAGAAAAAAGUCAUCAACAAACUGAAAACCACUAGUUAAUGGAUUAAAAAUGGAACAAGAAGGCAACUUGAAGAAACGCUUCAGAACUUGUUGCUUUGCCCAGAUAAUGAUAAUAAUGCUUAAUAAUAAUUGAAGAAUGGGAAAGAGAAAGAGACAGACACUGGCAUUUUGCUCUCCUGAAGGAGAUCUCUUUCUCUUUAAUGGAAUCUACAACUGUUUUAAAACUUUAAAAAAGGUAAAGACUGCCAGUUCUUUCGCCAACCCCACCAGCCCAGCCCGUUAAAUGUCAAACGUCAACCCCCAAAAUACGCAAUUUCAGAUAAGUUACACAGUUACUGAAAUCUUGUAAGUAUUUAUGUGAUCGUUAUAUUUUAGGACACUGCGUUAGAUGGUAAUAAUCUGGAAGUUGGUUACAAAAGCAAGAGGCCAUUGUAAACAUCUGCUUGUCCUUCUUAGGUCGCCAUUCCCUUUGCAUGUUAAGCGUCUGCUCAGGUAAAUCUUAGUGAAAUUCCUACCGUUGUUGUAUGUUCUGCAAAACAUUUUAUGUAUAGAUUUAGAGGGGAAACGAGAAGGUACUAAAAUAAUAAUCUUGGAAUAUUUGCUGUGAAGGGAAAACGGGAGAGAAAACUCUUCUGAGGAUCAUUUGUCUUGGUAGUAUAGUAAAACCAACCAGCUGAACCUUUCAGGCUACAAGAGAAACCGAGUUGGUAAUGUCCUUUUCAGAAUAAUUUUUAACUGCUUAUAACAAGCAUAUUUUGUGGCAUUUGGACUAUAUUUACUGCCCCAAUAUCCGUUAUUUUCCAAAGGAUUUGGUAUCUUUUUGAAAAUGUUUAAAUCAUCAGAUGAUCCGCAGAAUUCACUUUAUUUGAGAAAUCCCGAAAGUUUCCAUCCCAACAUGAUGGACUUCGGUUUGAACACAAUUCGUUUUUUCAUUUGAAUUGGCAUUUCACAAUAUUUGCUAAACAUUUGCUGGAGAAAUCAUUUUUCUUUUUUCUUUUUUAGAAAACUCAAAAUGAAAAUUCAUUCCCCUGAAAUAUUUAGGUGUCUUCAUUCUAUAUUUUGAUCUAUUAAGAGAUUAGUAUUUUUCCAUGUUUAUUGUUUUAUCAGACUGCAUUAGAAAGAUUAGUGAUUCAUCUUCACAGCACAUUUUUAAGCAGUUAUUUCAACCAGCACAUUCGUUUUGUUCAUAUUCACUAUAGAAUGAUAUCUUGUAAAUAAAGACACUCAGCACACUGUGAAAAUGUAUUUGUGCACCUGCUUUUUAAAUAUUUCUACUAAAAAUGAAAAAAAAAAAACUUAGACCUGUUGAUAGUGAUGUAGUGGUAUUAAUUCUGUUAAUAAAAUAGUCACUGCC